GCACCUACGAGCGCCUGGCGCUGCUGCUCGGCUCCAUCGGGCUGCUCGGCGUCGGCCACAACCUGCUGGUGCUCGUCCUCUACUACAAGUUCCCGCGGCUCCGCACCCCCACGCACCUCCUCCUGCUCAACAUCAGCCUCGGCGACCUGCUGGUGUCGGUCUUCGGGGUCACCUUUACCUUCGUGUCCUGCCUGAGGAACGGCUGGGUCUGGGACACCGUGGGCUGCGCGUGGGACGGGUUUAGCAGCAGCCUCUUCGGGAUUGUCUCUAUUACCACUCUAACUGUGCUGGCUUACGAACGUUAUAUUCGCGUGGUCCAUGCCAGAGUGAUCAACUUUCCCUGGGCCUGGAGGGCCAUUACCUACAUUUGGCUCUACUCACUGGCCUGGGCAGGAGCGCCUCUCCUGGGCUGGAACAGGUACAUGCUGGAUGUGCAUGGACUAGGCUGCACCGUGGACUGGAAAUCCAAGGAUGCCAACGAUUCCUCCUUUGUGCUCUUCUUAUUUUUGGGCUGCCUGGUGGUACCGGUGGGCGUCAUUACCCAUUGCUAUGGUCAUAUCCUGUAUUCCAUUCGAAUGCUUCAUUGUGUUGAAGAUCUUCAGACAAUUCAAGUGAUCAAGAUAUUAAGAUAUGAAAAGAAAGUAGCCAAAAUGUGCUUUUUGAUGAUACUCACCUUCCUGAUCUGUUGGAUGCCUUAUAUUGUGAUCCGUUUCUUGGUGGUUAAUGGUUAUGGACACCUGAUCACGCCAACAGUAUCUAUUGUUUCAUUUCUCUUUGCGAAAUCAAGCACUGUGUACAAUCCAGUUAUUUAUAUCUUCAUGAUCAGAAAGUUCCGAAGAUCCCUGCUGCAGCUCCUAUGCUUCCGACUAUUAAGGUACCAGCGGCCUGCUAAAGACCUACCAGCAGCUGGAAGUGAAAUGCAGAUCAGGCCCAUUGUGAUGUCACAGAAAGAUGGGGACAAGCCAAAGAAAAAAGUGACUUUUAACUCUUCCUCCAUUAUUUUUAUCAUCACCAGUGAUGAAUCACUGUCAGUUGAUGACAGUGACAAAACCAGUGGGUCUAAGGUUGACGUAAUCCAAGUGCGUCCGUUGUAGGAAUAAGUAAUGGUAAUGACAGAUGGGGCCUUCUAUUGGAUGCUACUUUUAGACUUCCAUUAUGAGGGCUGUUCUGGAAUCCACAUUCUUUGUAGAAUCGACAAAACUUGGUGGCUCAUGGGAAAUUUGAAUUACCCAUAUGUUCUGUGGCCUCAGGAAGUAAUCAAACAAGACACUUUUUUAUUUCAAUGGGUGCUGUACAUAAUGAAAAACAACUGUGGCACAAGAUGGGCAUCUGGCACCAUCAUCAUCUAACGUGUUGGAAAUUUUUAUUUUAAAUAUAUUUCUAAAGUACUGACUUUCCAAGGCUCAUAAUACAUUGUCAAAAAUACUUCACUGUAAAAACAAUUUUGUCUUAGAUAUGUGUAUGAAAAAGCUAGAAAAGUUUGCAUUUUCUGCUGUGCUGAGUCCUAUUCAGUAUCAAGUCCUAUGUUUGACCAAAUCAAGAAGAUAAAUAUAGAAUAAAAAAGAAAAGCAGCCCCCUAACUUUAUUGGAAAUAAAAGAUUUUUCUCACCUGUGUAGUGUGUGAGAGAGCAGCUUCAGAAUAACAUGGUACUGAGCCAGCUCUAGAAGAUACUACUAAGAAACAUCAUAACGCAGAGAAUAAGGUGAUGAAUUUCAAGGUGAUUAUGGCAUUGUAGUUACUUAUAAGAGAGUAGGGAUGCACAUAGUAAAAGUGGUGUUGAUGGCAGGUUGGUAUUUCCAUCUAUAUCAUUUCAAACGUGAGCAUCACAGUAUUAGCCACUCCUUUUGAGAAUUUCCCACUAUUUUGCCAUAAGUUUUUGAUUUAGAAAAGGAAUUCUAACUUUAAAAAAAAAAAAACUUACAUUUGAAGGAAGAUGGAAAUAAGUGUUAAUAUUUUUUACUCAUGAUUCAGUCUACUGCAUAACUGAUGGUUGGUGAUAGUGAUGAGGCCAUUUCCUCAUGGGUCAUUGUUUAAGACUUGAAGCACACCAGGAUAUGCUACUCUAAAACAUGUGUCUUUGCAUAUAGAUUAUUUUGAACUGAAAGCAACCAAAAAGGAGCAAGUACAAGGUAAGUUCUUUGCCUUCCCCUAUUUGUCUAAAAGCAAGACAUCAAUUUACAUAGGCGUCCUCCUCCUCUCUCUAGGAAAGAAGGACAAGGUUGAUCACCAAAGGCAACUUUAGACCCUCAGAAUCUGUUUUCUUUGUCUUGUCAUUUCUUUAAAAAUUUACUGUUCUUUGUUGAAAAUGCUAUAUAAAUUCGGGAAUUCUAAGCCAGCUCUUUGAGAUUCACUCAUUCUCCAGUAUCUCCCAUGUAAAUACUAAACUAUACAUGUUAAUAAACUGUUUAUUUUUCUCUUAUUAAUCAGUAUUUUCUUACAGGGGCCCCAGUCAAUGAACCUAGGAUGGGUAGAAGAAAUAAUUCUUCUUUCCUCCCCUACAAACCAAACACAGAUUAUUAGGACCCCAGGGUUUCUUUGACAUUGUAGAAAAGAAACACUGGAUUAUUUUAUUGACUCAUUUUUAUUUUUUAGAUGAUUCUCCUAGUGUUACAUCUUCAUAUUAAACAUGUUAGAAGAACUGCUAAAUGACUCUGUCAGCCUAUUGAAGAGGAAAGAACCAAAGAAAACAUUUUCAAUAAAUA